AUGGGCUUGCUGCAGGGCCUUCUCCAAGCAAGAAAGCUGCUAUUGGUUAUCUGUGUACCGCUGCUGCUGCUGCCGCUGCCCACCAUAUACCCAACCAGUGAGGCUGCGUGUGCCUACGUGUUGCUUGUGACUGCCGUGUACUGGGUGUCGGAGGCGGUGCCUCUUGGAGCUGCAGCCCUUGUGCCUGCCUUCCUCUACCCGUUCUUCGGAGUUCUCCGAUCCAGUGAGGUGGCGGCCGAGUACUUCAAGAACACCACGCUGCUGCUGGUGGGUGUCAUCUGCGUGGCGGCGGCUGUAGAGAAAUGGAAUUUACACAAGCGCAUCGCCCUGCGCAUGGUCUUGAUGGCCGGAGCCAAGCCGGGCAUGCUCCUGCUCUGCUUCAUGUGCUGUACCGCCAUGCUGUCCAUGUGGCUCUCCAACACCUCCACCACCGCCAUGGUGACGCCCAUCGUGGAGGCCGUGCUGCAGGAGCUCAUCAACGCCACCGAGGAGGAACAGCUGGGGGCAGGCAACUCCAGCUCUGAGGAGGCAGAGCUCAUGGGUCUUGACGUAAACAAAAGGCAAACUUCUGUGGAACUCAUCUUUGUCAAUGAAGACACAACCACUGCAGACUUCACUUCCCUGAUGCAGAACAAGAACCUGAAUGGUGUGCCCAUGGUCACCAAACCUGUCAAAACAGCAAACCAACAGCAACAUCAGAGGCAGCAUUCAUCACAGGAAAAGUCAGGAGUCCUGACUCCCAGCUCCAAGAACCAGGAAGCAAACAGGAAGAAGUACAGAUCCCACCAUGACCAAAUGAUCUGCAAGUGCCUUUCUCUGAGCAUAUCCUACGCCGCAACCAUUGGUGGCCUGACCACCAUUAUUGGCACGUCCACCAGCCUUAUUUUCCUAGAGCAUUUCAACAACCAGUAUCCGGCGGCAGAGGUGGUGAACUUUGGAACCUGGUUCCUCUUUAGCUUCCCCAUCUCGCUCAUCAUGCUGGUGGUCAGCUGGUUCUGGAUGCACUGGCUCUUCCUGGGCUGCAACUUUAAAGAGACCUGUUCUCUGAGCAAGAAGAAGAAGACCAAAAGGGAAGAGCUGUCAGAGAAGAGGAUCCGGGAGGAAUACGAAAAGCUGGGAGACAUUAGCUACCCUGAAAUGGUGACUGCAUUUUUCUUCAUCCUGAUGACAGUGCUGUGGUUUACCCGCGAGCCUGGCUUCGUCCCUGGCUGGGAUUCUUUCUUUGAAAAGAAAGGCUACCGCACUGAUGCCACAGUCUCUGUAUUCCUUGGCUUCCUGCUUUUCCUCAUUCCAGCAAAGAAACCCUGCUUUGGAAAGAAGAGUGAUGAGGCGAGCCAGGAGCCCACCCAGGGGAUGGAGCCCAUCAUCACAUGGAAGGACUUCCAAAGGACUAUGCCCUGGGAGAUCGUCAUCCUGGUGGGAGGAGGCUAUGCCCUGGCUUCCGGCAGCAAGAGCUCUGGCCUCUCCACGUGGAUUGGACACCAAAUGCUGUCCCUGAGCAGCCUCCCCCCCUGGGCUAUCACUCUGCUGGCAUGUGUGCUGGUGUCCAUUGUCACAGAGUUUGUCAGCAAUCCAGCCACCAUCACCAUCUUCCUGCCCAUCCUAUGUACCCUGUCUGAGACACUGCACAUCAAUCCACUAUACACGCUGGUCCCGGUCACCAUGUCUAUCUCCUUUGCUGUGAUGUUGCCGGUGGGCAACCCCCCCAAUGCCAUCGUCUUCAGCUAUGGACACUGCCAGAUCAAAGAUAUGGUGAAAGCUGGCCUAGGAGUCAAUGUCAUUGGCCUGGUGAUAGUGAUGGUGGCCAUCAAUACUUGGGGAGUUAGCCUCUUCCACUUGGACACUUUCCCAGCCUGGGCUAAGGUCGGCAACAUCACGGAUCAGACCUAAUGCAAGUGGACAGUUAUUAGCAGAGCCAGAGCUGAGCCAUGG